CUGAGUCUCACCAGUUGACAGUUCAGUUCCCUAUGCAACAGGCUGUCCCGAGCCAUCUUGUUCUCCACGAAUACAUUUAGAAACUCCCUCGCCGCGGGCUCUCGAUACUCCCAACCCCCCAACCAGCCCCCCUCCCGUAGUCUCGGGCUACGAGUUGCCAACGCCGCACGCAAACAUUCUCCCUCAUGGACUGCCCGUCUCCCGAACCCUACAAUAUGGUGACGAUUAUAACAGCACGCGUCUUCGUUUAACAGGUUGCCACUCUCCCAGCCCCUCUGUCGCAGGGAUGCUCGUCGUGUCGUGUGAGUGGAGCUUGAAAGUGCGCUACAAAUAAAUUAAAAUGAGGCCGAUUGACCGGGGAAGUUGCAAGUGACGAAAAUCGAUCCCAGUCUAGGAAAAAUGUGAUACAGUGUUUGUGAGUGGAAGGACAGUUUCAAAGCCAUCUGUGUUUUUUUGGGAAAAAUCAAGGAUGGUUGAUCUGGGAACUGAUUUGAAUUCUGACUGGAUCUGCCCCAAUAACAGGCAGCUUGCUUUACGUGCAAAGCUUCAAAUUGGCUGGUCGAUGAAGAACCAACAGUUACGACAGCACGGCACCAAGUGGAAACCGCUUGACGAAAACGAGCAACAAAUUAUUGCCAAUGUUGUUCAGAGGGCCGAAGCUCUUGAAAACGUCGAGCAAGAACGCAUUGGACGACUUGUUGAGCGGCUAGAAAACAUGAAGCGGAAUAUGAUGGGCACCGGCGACAAUCAAUGCAUUCUGUGUGGCGAUCGUUUUGGCCUUCUGGGAUCAACUUGUACAAUUUGUUAUGACUGCCGUAAGGCCGUCUGCCCAAAAUGUAGUAUUGAAACCUCCUCAUCUCGAAAAUCCUCCGUAUGGUUGUGUAAAAUAUGUGCUGAAACGAGAGAAAUCUGGAAAAAAUCUGGAGCUUGGUUCUACAAGGGUAUUCCCAAGUAUGUCAUUCCUCCAAAGAAGAAUAAUGAUAGCAAAUACGCUUUCAAAAGACGCAUCAUAGACACGGGAGUGAUAGACAAGAAUCUGUGUACAAAGCCCUCCGUGCCGUCCAGUUUUCUAAAGGUCAUGGAAGAGAGGGAGAGAGAAAAGGAGAAAUCCCAAGAAUAUACCGAGCUCGUCACGCCAGAGAGGAACAGCCCGGAAGGUCAAGGAAGGUCUAUGAAUAGCUGGAAGCAAGACAGAGGCGCAAGUUCUAAAGCCCAAGAAAGGGCCAGCGGGUCAAACACCCAAGACAUUAGCGGUUUCCCAAAAUCACGAGAACGUAGUAGUAGUUUCAAAGCCCAAGAGAGGAAUUAUAAUUUAAAAACUCAAGAGCGUAAUUAUAAUUUAAAAACUCAAGAGCGUAAUUGUUUCAAGGUGCAAGACUGGAAUACUCCUAUCGAAGCCAAAACUACUGACUUGCGUUCCAAGUUUGAGGAUAGCCUUACUUUGCACUCGAAGUGAGUUUUUUGUACACGUCAAUAUUUUUUGUAUUCAUUCCGUCGCGUAUCGUUAUAUAGUCCUGUCAUUUGAUGUGAGUGCUAAUUUUCUCUUGUUUCUAUAGAUAGUUUCUUCGUUGACUGUAUAAUGUCAAUAGAAUUAUGAAAAUCAAGACUGGUGGGCUUUUUUCUGUCCACUUCAAAAAUUUUUUUAUGGAUAAAUUAUUGAUUUUUAGAUCAUGAUAAUCAUAUUAUUUUUACUUUCAAGUAGCAUGAUACGUUCAGCUGUUAAAUGUAUGAUAACUUAUGUAAUAAAAAAAAUUUAUUUUUAUUUUA